AUGCGGAAGUGAUUUAGGCUCUCUAGACAGACACCGCUUUGUUACGAGGCGCUAAAGUCCACCGCUGCACGACAACCUCACCGUUAUACGUCUUUGAUAAACUGCCAAAACCCGGACCGACUCCUCCUCUGAGGUCGACGUUUCUCCGCCCCCGUCUCACGGCCGUCGCCUGCUCGUAUCCCCGAUAAUCUGACCCCAGAAACUGGCCUGCUAGUUAGCAAGCAAGCUAAGGUUUACCCCAUGUCCUCUGAAGAAGGGUUGAGCUCCACGAUAACAGAGUGGCUCUUCGUCAGUUCCUGGUGGCUCCUCUUGCCGUUCAUUAUGCUACUUGUGGUGGCUGCUUUCAUCGUUGCCUUCGUGUUGCUGCUGUACAUGAUAUCGCCUCUCAUUAGUCCGAAGCCUCUGAAACUAAACGGGGCCCACGUCGUGGUGACAGGGGGAUCCAGCGGGAUCGGGAAAAGCAUUGCAAUGGAAUGCUACAGGCAAGGAGCCUUCAUCACACUGGUGGCACGAGACGAGGAGAAAUUACUCAGAGCAAAGAAAGAUGUGGAGAAAUUUGCCAUCAAUGACAAACAGGUGGUGCUCUGUGUAUCCGUGGAUGUUUCCAGUGAUUACACUCAAGUGGAAAAUGUAAUCAAACAGGCUCAGGAGAAGCUGGGACCUGUUGACAUGCUGGUGAACUGUGCCGGAACUGCCCUUGCUGGGAAGUUUGAGGAAAUGGAAGUGGAGCGUUUUAAAGAACUGAUGGAACUGAACUACCUGGGCAGCGUUUAUCCAUCACGGGCCGUCAUAACCACGAUGAAGGAGCGAAGAAUGGGCCGCAUCGUGUUUGUGUCCUCCCAAGCGGGCCAGAUCGGGCUCUUCGGAUACACCGCCUACUCUCCAUCCAAGUUCGCGCUCCGCGGCUUAGCGGAGGCGCUGCAGAUGGAGAUGAAGCCGUACAAUAUUUAUGUAACGCUGGCUUUCCCACCUGACACCGAUACUCCGCUACUGGCUGAAGAGAACAAGUCAAAACCCUUAGAAACCAAAUUAAUCUCUGAAACUUCAGGAGUUUGGCAACCAGACCAAGUGGCCAAAAUCCUCGUCAAGGAUGCCGUGCAAGGGAAUUUCAGCAGCUCGGUUGGUCCUGAUGGCUACAUGCUGUCAGCUCUCACCUGUGGGAUGUCCCCCAUCACCUCCAUCACAGAAGGGCUCCAGCAGAUCGUCACCAUGGGGUUAUUUCGGACCAUCGCUCUUUUCUACCUGGGGAGUUUUGACAGCAUCGUGCGCCGCUGCAUGAUUCAGAGGGAACAGUCGAAAGCAGCUGAUAAGAACGAGUAAACGCAGUCUUUACAGUCCUCCUCCACAGCUCCUUCAUUCAGUCUGUUUCUCCGAGUGCACCGUCAUAGGUGGGAGCGAAAGGUCAAGCCCAACAGUUUGAUAUCAGAGAUUAGACGUUUACUUACCGCCUUUUCCGAUGACACACAUGCUAAUUUUAACUUGUGUUCUGAUCACACAGAGGACUUUGGUUUAGUUCCUUCUCUAACGUGAGAGCGGCCUUACUUGAGAGGGGGUGUAGGCAGAAUUACCAUCCCAACUUUUAUAAGAACCCCCCCCCCCCUCCCCUUUGAGAACCACAGAUGUUAAGCUAGCACAGUGCUAACAAGUAGCAACACAGAUGGAAUUCUACCAGAUGUGGCUGAAAACUCAAAACAACCACACAGACGCACAUCUAGUUGCAUGUCUCGGCUUUCUAUUAAGAAUUUUACAGUUUUCUCUAAAUAAACCAGUGAUUCCAUGAGUCUUUGCAGGCAAAGCACCCUCCCUUUGUGACCGUUAUGGUUUAGUCUACGCUGUGGUCCGUGUGUCCCGUAAGCUGUGAAGUUAUAUAACUAUAAUCUUGUCAGAGAGUGAGAGGUUGUUGUUUUCAGGUUUUUAUGUAUAAUAUGACUUUCACCUAACAAUAUUAACAAAAUGUACAUGGUAUGUUGCGGGUGAACUGUGUGAGUGUGUGUGUGUGUUUCUACUGUGACUGGGCCAGCCUGCAAUACACUUACAAAACUAUUUGUCUCGUCAUCCACAAAGUGAGUCAGAAGCCAUGAGGUCAUAGGCUGGGUAGAAAACUCCUCAUGAUUUCACUUUUCACCUGCAGCCCCGGCACCGUUUUCAUCAUCGGGAUUGGCGGUUGUGUGCAUCAGCGCACAUUUUCUGGGUCCUUUGUCACAAUGGUUUGAGUUCAAGUGUUUUGACGGCACUACAGAGAUUAGUUUCACCUAAAAGGUAAAGGUGUUGCAGGUAACUGACAGGUUUCUGACUUUGGUGUUUAGUUUUGCAUUCAGAGACCGCUGCAGGUCUUCCUUUUUGUCCAUUUUUUUAUCAAGAAUGUAACUUAAAUGCCAAACAUUCGAAUCAGGACAUGGGGGAUAUUAUUUUUGAUGCACUAUUUGAAUGCCAAAACCUUUUAAAGCUAUUGUUCCACUAGUAGAAAGUGUUUAUUUUCCAUUUUUCUGGAUGUUGCUGCUCUGUUGAUUGUAGUUUUAAAUAAACACUAACUUGGAGCAACAUUGGGACCCAUCUCAAGCCUUAAAGGGUGAUAAAAGCUAAUGUUAGUGUUGUAAUUUAAUCCAUGUUAGUGAUUUUUAUGUAAUAUGCCAAGUUUCUUUGGUCAGUUUGUGUUUGUAUGAAAUAAAGCCUUAUUUGAUCUAAGAUAUGACGGUGAGAAUUGAUGAUUCACGUUUGAUGACGUUCUCAUUUGAUUUUAGUUAAAGGCAUGUUUUCCCUCCACUGGGGAGUUUUCCAUUUCUGUUUUUGCUUCAGAAGUUCUGUUUUUUUUCCUCUUCUACCUUGAGGUAACAUCACAUAGUUUAAAUGACAUGUAGCUCAUGUUAAAAAAAUGUAACACCUUUACUCUAUGCAAACGGGCUGUGUUUGAAAAUUCAAUAACAGUUCCUUUCAUUUUCCCUAUAAUUAACUGGUAUUUGUGAGAAAGUCUGAAAUUCACUCAUUUCUUGUUGAACUUUUCUUUUUCUGCCAAACAAACUUAACACCUUCACCUUGUGUGCCAUUGAAAGGAAAUGUGAGAAGUGGAACGUUGUCUUAUUUUCUUACAUGAUGAAAUAAACGCCUGUAAAAAUUUAAA